CGAUGUUGCAUCAAUGGCUAUAGACACCAUUUCAAAUGUGGCAAUAUUCAUUGCUUCUGUAUUCUUGAUAAUAGGCAUUAAGAGGAGACAUCAUACCUUUGUUGCCCCUUGGGUCUUUGUUGUGGCUAUAUGUGUUGUCUUGAAUUUGUUGAAAUUGAUACCAAACCAGGAAACCCUUUUACAAUCUCUAGUUUCAGUUGCUAUUCAAGUUAUUAUUUGGUAUCCCAUAUUUAGCCUCUAUCAAGAGUUACGUAAAACUACAGUCAAUCCAGGUGACGAUUAUGAUGCCUGCCCAACAAAAGAACCAUCUGCUGAUGGUGAGGCGUAUCCACAAAAAACCGAUGAUAAUACCCCAACAGAAACCGAUAAUCCCACAGAAAUGGGUCAUUAGUCAUCGAAGUGGCAGAUAGUGGAAUGAUGAUGCCAUUAAUUUGAGAUUAUUGUUUUUAGAAUUAA